AUGUACACAAUAGUAAGAGAUAUUCUCACGCCCAUGUAUCCAAGCGAUGCUGAUAAGCAUCUGUUAGCUAGACAGACUGGUUUAUCGAGAAAUCAGGUUUCAAACUGGUUCAUCAAUGCCAGGGUUCGGUUGUGGAAACCCAUGGUUGAGGAGAUGUACCAACAAGAAUCCAAAGAUGAGGAAACAGGAGGAGCAGAAGAUAGAGAAAGGAAGCAAAGCAACAGCAACAGCAACAACAAUAGCGGGCUCGCACAAACACCAACGCCAACUACGACAACGACAGGAUCAUCAGCACCAGCUGCCACAACAACAGCCCCCACUACAACAACCAUACCAUCAGCCAAAAGAUCCGAAAUCAAUGCCAACGAAAACGACCCUUCACUUCUCGCAAUCAAUAGACAAUGUUUCUCGGAAAACCAAGCAAAACUCUCCACCUCCUCCUCCACCACUGCCACCGCCAUUAUUGCGCCCACCAACAUCACCCCCAACACAGAAGUGGCACCACCACCACCACCAACUCAUGCUGGACAGCCUUUCCAUGACUUUGCCGAUGACACAUGUCGCCGCGGCGGCAUUGUUACAGCCGAUUAUGGGACCACUUCCGGCAAUGCCAAUGCUGGUGCUGACCACAUUGGGUCUGCACUUAUAAGGUUUGGGACCACUACUGCUGGCGAUGUGUCUCUCACUCUAGGGCUACGCCAUGCUGGGAACAUGCCUGAGACGAGUCCUUCUUUCUCCGUUAGAGAUUUUGGGGGCUGUUGA